AUGGGCAAUAUACAUUCGCAAAAGUGGUCUUAUAUAGGAGUUCUAGUACUCUUCUUUCAUAAAUCAAAUAGAACAAAAUUUCUGAAUAGGAGAAACCAAUGGCUAUGGAAAAAUUGUAAGAUGGAGUUCGACUUGCUGAAUAAUGUAACAAAUAAAUUACAUAAAAAUAACAAUAAAUUGUUAAACUUGAUCAUUAACUUUUUAUAGGCUUAAAAAGACCCAUAUUGCCAAUAAAUAAUUGAAACAUCCAUGAUUAGAAAAAUCGAUGUCGGUUUUGAAGAUAUAAUUGGUUUAGAGCACAUCAAAAAUCAACUUGAAGAAACUAUUAUUUUGCCGAAUUUAAGACCAGAUAUAUAUACAGGUAUUAGAGCUCCUCCAAAAGGAAUUCUUUUUUAUGGUCCUCCAGGAAACGGAAAGACUUUGUUAGCCAAAGCCGUAGCAAAUUAAAUUAAAUGUUGUUUUUUCAACAUAAGUGCUUCAACACUAGUGUAAAAGCAUUUAGGUGAAGGAGAAAAGUUAAUGAGAGCUCUAUUUGAUGUGGCCUUUUAAUUAUAGCCUUCUGUAAUUUUUGUGGAUGAAAUUGAUUCAAUACUAUCAAAAAGGUCACAAAAUGAACAUGAGGCAAGCAGAAGAUUAAAAACUGAAUUUCUAAUAUCCUUUGAUGGAAUUCAAUCUUCAGAUUAAGAUAGGGUGUUUUUGAUUGCUGCCACAAAUCGACCUUAAGAUAUAGAUGAUGCAGUUCUAAGAAGAUUUACUGUAAAAAUAUUGAUAGACUAACCAGAAUUAAAAGUUAGGGUAGAAAUGGUUAAAUCUCUCCUUAGUAAAGUAAAGAAUAAUCUGACAGAGUAAUAAUUUCAAUAUGUUGCAGAGAAACUUUAAGGUUAUUCUGCAAGUGAUAUCAAAGCAGUAGUUAAGGAAGCUUGUAUGCGACCAUUGAGGACAGAUCGAACUUUAAUUUUAUCGAUACAUCGUCAGGAUAUUAGGGCAGUUUCAAAAGAAGACUUUGAUUUUGCUUUAGAAUAAGUGAAACCUACUUUAUCAUAAUAAUAAUAUGAAGAAUACGUUAAAAACUUUAAAUGA